CCCUAAAAGCUUAAACCCUAGAAAUCGUAGAAACAGAAAGAGGAGAAGAAAAAAAGGCGGAAGCUUUACUAGUUUAACAAUGGCUGAGCAACAAGAGAUCAUCGAUUCAGUCCCAGCUGAAGCGAACCCAGACACAAAAGUUGAUAUGGAAGUCGAAGCCGCGGCCCCGAAAGCUGAGACGGUCGAUGAGAAACGUGAGAGAGAGGAGACAGAGGAGGAAGAGAACGGAGGUGAAUCGAAGAAGCAGAAGCUGGGAGAUGAAGAGAAGUCAGGUCCGGUCAAACUCGGUCCGAAGGAGUUCGUUACCUCCGUGGCGAUGUUCGAUUACUUUGUCAAAUUUUUGCACUUUUGGCCAACUGAUCUCGAUGUUAAUAAGUAUGAGCACAUGGUGCUGCUAGAUCUGAUCAAGAAGGGCCAUUCUGAGCCAGAAAAGAAGAUUGGAGGAGGAAUCAAAACCUUCCAAGUCAGAACCCACCCGAUGUGGAAAAGCCGAUGCUUCUUUCUGGUUAGGGAAGACGAUACUGCAGACGAUUUCAGCUUCAGGAAGUGUGUUGAUCAAAUCCUCCCAUUGCCUGAAAACAUGAAGACUCCUGGAGCUAACGGCAACGGACAUGGCGGAGGUGGCCGCGGUGGUGGUGGCGGAAGAAGAGGCGGUCGCGGAGGUGGUAGAGGGGGAAGAUUCAGAAGAUAAAUCUGCUGACUCUUGAUGCCUUGGUUUCAAAAGAAAAUUUUGAAAAUUUCAGAUUUAGUUCUGUUUCUCAAAACUUAAAAAGGAAUUAUGAUCUUGUCGAAUGCUAUUGUAUUUUUUUCCGAGAAAAUUUGUCAGUUUAUAUGACCUA